AUGGCGCCCGUGUAUGAUAUUGAUGACGACGCCGCGCACCUCCCUCGCGCCGCGAACGGCAACGCCUCGAAGGCUAUUCCCACGGGUACCAUCGACGACGAGCUGUUCACACGAGUCCUGCCCCGCGUAGACAUGGGGGCCAUCGAAGAGGCGCGCAACGCCUUUGGUCAUGAAUCAGAUGACGACAGCGACGCGGGCAUUCGGCGGCCUCAGCAACGAGGUCGAUCUCUUUCGGAGUCUAGCAUAAUGAUGGGGCCUGUCGGAAGCCACCCCGAGAGGGAUACGGACGUGUCAGUGGAUGGUGGUGGAGGGGAAGCUUCCCGCCCUGGACGGGAAAGCAUCGACUUUAAUCGUUCUGCCCGCCCUCUGUCUAGGGGAGACUUGGUUCCCCAAGAUUACUCCAACACCAGACCCGAUAAGGACACUAUACCCGUUCCAACUCGAGGCUCGUCUCGCCCCGAUCGUGCUAGCAUUGACAGCAACGGUCGGAUCUCAUCACGUCGCGACUAUAACAUUCCGCAACGUCCCCCGCGUGCGGAAGAGGUUGAGGCCGCCAAGAGAAUUCUAGCUCAAGUAAUCGAGAGCGAACAAUACUACUCGUCUACGCACAGGGAGACUCAUUCCGCACCGCGCUCACCGCGAGGGGCUCGCUCAGCAACACCCCCGCCGAUAGGGCGUCCUCACCGGACAAUCAUUUACGAGUCCGACGAGGAGGAUGAUGUAGACAGCCACCAAGACAAUCACAACGGCACCUACGACUACCACGAAGACCUUCGGAAUGAGGUCCGCGCCGAUGGAGGCCUAGUAUCCAACACACCAGUCACCGCCAUCCACAAUCCGAUAGAAGACACGGGUCGCCCGCCAACUUCGAACAACCGCCAGAGUCGCAGCAGUCGGCCAUCGAGAGUAUCAUCUCGACAGUCGUCCCAGCCACCACCGACCUCGCGUGCUGCCGCGUCAUUGGCAGCGCACAAGCGGGAGCUCCGGACGCCUGUUCUCGACCACGCCCGCUUGUACGACGAUGCGGAGCCUCCGCCGAUCAGCCAACGACGCCCCGACAAUCCACGCUCUCGCCGGGCGACAUAUAAGAAGUUCGCCGACAUGGAGGAGGAACACUUCCACGACUUCAGCGUGAAGAAUGGGUCUGAGACGAGGCUUGAUAUUCGGCCGGCAACCGCGGACAGGAGAGCCAUGUCAGAUGAUUCGAUUUCCAUCUCGAGGCAGUCGACCUCGAAGCACAGCAUAGCGAGCAACGGGUCCGCAAACCGCACGGUCGACUUCUUCGGGCCUGGGAUCUUUCAAGUCGUGCUUCACAACCCAACGACUUCGCACCAGCUGCUGAAGUUCGCCGAAGCUCGCUUCUGUAGCGAAAGCGUCGAGUUUCUGAAAAAGGUCGAGCAAUAUCAAACAACCCUGAACGACCUCGCCGGUAUCAUGACAUCGAUUCACAAGGACUACCUCUCCGAGUCCUCGGCGAAACAGAUCAACGUCAAUGGCGAGUUGAGGAAGUCGGUUCACACUGAGAUGAAGUCGACCGUCACCAAAACCUUGCCAGCUAUGGAGGCACUCUUCACAGAUUUGCAGGAGAGCGUCGAGCAGGAUGUUUUCCUGGACAUUUACCCCCGAUUUGUUCGUUAUCAAAUGGCACUGAGCGCGACCAGAGCUUUGGCAACAAAUCGCCAUAGCUACCAGGGUCUCGGAGACUGCUUCUGUUUGACUAACCCGGCUGUCGCAGACAACCCGAUUGUGUACGCGUCGGAUGGCUUCGUCAAGGUCACGGGAUACAGCCGCCCCGAAAUUAUCCCACGGAACUGUAGAUUCUUGCAGGGAGCACACACCGAUCGCCAUCCUAUUCGCCGGCUUAAGAAUGCCAUUGAAGAGAGAAAGGAGUCCGUUGAGUUGAUACUGAACUACAAAAAGAAUGGCGAUCCGUUUUGGAACUUGCUUUACGUUGCUCCACUUUACAACGAGGCUGGCAAGUUGGCUUUCUUCAUCGGCGGUCAGAUCAACUGCUCGACGACUAUUCACAGCAACGUCGAUGUCAUGCGAGUCCUGUCGACGUCUACCCAAGAUGACACCCAGGACGAGACUAAGUCUAAGACGCCACCACUGCGCCGCGAGGGAUCAGUGCCCUCAGCACGUAAAGCAUUCCUCAAGGCUCUGGGCGUCAGGGUCGAUGAUCACGGACCGAACGGAGUGGCCGCCGACGCGGGCAUGGAGAACAAGCUUCUCCAACGAAUGGAAGGUCAAGGCCUGAACGCGCAGAUGAAGGAAUUCUACACUGCGUACUCAAAGUAUCUGGUUCUCAGUUACGACUCCUUCAUCAUCAGAUUCUACUCCGAGGGCGUGAUGGAAAUGCUCCACCCAGCCAACAACACCAUUGGCCUGGUCACCGGCCAGGAGAUCUUCCGCUUCUUCAAGCAGAACAUGGUCAACCACCAGUCCGACUACAAGACCAGAGUGCGAAACGCCAUUCGCGCCGGGUCGCCGAUUUCUCUGGAGGUCCGCCUUCAGACACGCCGAAGUGCGCUCUUCCGUGGAGACGAGAGGUUCAUGACGCACUGGACGCCGUUGAAGGAUGAGAAGUCGGCGGUCCACUGGGUCGUGCUUACGUUGGCGCCGACCAUCUCGUAA